CUAUGUCAAUGAUAAAUGUCAAAGGAUUCAGUCACAAUAGCAUGUUGUUAUUCAACUUCUAAAACCUCAAACUAUAAUCAUUAGUUAUUAUACAGUGGAUAUUGACAUAAGAACAGUUGUGAUGCUUUACAGAUGCGUUAUUAUCAACAAAGGCCAAGGAAUAGUUUUGAAGGACUAUCGCAAUCCUGACUUUUUGCUGCAUGCGGUGAGCUAUCAAGACAUUGAUCCGAUAGGAUCUAACUUCAGUAAAGAUGUGUUUGAUCCACAUGGAUAUGACAAAAGCGACUUCAUUGAUGAAAUAGAAGCUGAUAUGAAGCGUGAAAAGGAGAGAAAAGAACAAGAAAGCAAGAAGAAUCUGAAGCUUGAUUUUGUAGCUACUGGAUUUCAACCUGCACCCAAAGUGAACAUGCCUAUUGCAGGUGCUUCUGCUGGGGCUGCCAGUGCCUUGCACUCUGCUCCAACUGCAGCUGAUAAUGUUGCCCGAGGUGGUAGAAGCAAGAAGUCUAAGUGGGAUAAGGUGGAGGGGGAUCGGAGAAUUCCUCCUGCUGGAGGCCAGGAAUCUUUGUCUACUGUUGUAGCUCAUACUGCUGUUCCAUCAGCCACUAAUGCCAGUGGAUACGCAGCGUAUGCGCAGCAAAGACGACGGGAGGCAGAAGAAAAAAGAUCCACUGAAAAGAACAGAAGAUCCUAAGCCAUUCAUGUAAUGUUAUAGUUACAAUGUCACGUGGGAUUGUAAUCUUACAUUCAUGAUGUGUCAUUAAAUAAGUGAAUGCAUAUAAUAUCAUGAGUGGAUCCUUGGAUGAAAAGAGUCAAUCAUAUAAUGACAUGUCAUAAUUGCAAGCUUAUAAUGUCACGUGGCAUUGUAACUAUGUCAUUUUUGUAUCCCAAAACAUCAUUCAAUUUUAGUCAUAUUGUUUUAUUAAAUUGUAGCCACAGGUUUUCCACCUUUUUUGUACCCCAUAGUUAACUCACAUAAUUGUAGUUUCAAUAAUGCAGCAGUGAUAUAAACCUGUAAUUGCAUA